AUGGAACGUGUGUCUGUUGAUUAUGGAAACAAAUCAAGGCUGGAAUUUACGAUCUACCCAGCUCCACAGGUUUCCACAGCAGUCGUUGAGCCAUACAAUUCCAUUUUAACCACCCAUACCACUUUAGAACACUCCGAUUGUGCUUUUAUGGUCGAUAAUGAAGCCAUCUAUGACGCCUGCAGACGUAAUUUGGAUAUCGAACGCCCUUCAGACACCAACUUGAAUCGUUUGACCUCCCAAAUCGUUUCUUCCAUCACGCCUCUUUACGUUUCGAUGGUGCUCUCAAUGUCGACNUUAGAGUUUAAUAACUAUAAAUUCACUCAGAUGGUCCCCUUUGUCAUAUACGCCGACUUUGAAUCGAUUUUAAAACCGAUCGAUCAUUGUGAGCCACAUUCUUCCAAGUCUUUCACGGAAAAAAUUGAGAUGCAUCAACCGUAUAGUUUCGCGUACUAUAUCGUUUCCACCAUUGAUUCCAAGUUCAAUAAGUUUGAAUCGUAUACAGGUCCUGAUGCACCUCAAGUUUUUAUCUCUAAAUUAAUUGCCGAUGUCAAAUUUAUUUAUAAUAAAUACUUUAAAACCGUAAAACCAAUGCUACCUUUAACGAGCGAUGAGCAACGGAAUUUCGAUUCAGCUAAAAAUUGUUUUAUUUGCCAAAAUCCUAUCACUUCAGAUCAGGUUAAGGUUCACGAUUAUUGUCACAUAAGCGGCAGGUUUAUGGCCUCAUCAUUAGAUUCCUUAGCUGGUAACCUUGACGAAUUUGAUUUAAUAAAUAUACGUAAAUUCUUUCCACACAAUGAUCAGUUUAGAUUACUGAGCAAGAAAGGAAUAUUCCCCUACGGUUAUAUGGAUUCACUCGAUAAAUUAAACGUAACUUCAUUGCCACCAAAAAACGCUUUUUUCAACAAACUAUCAUUUGAGGAUAUAACCGAUGAGCAGUAUUCCCAUGCUCAAACUGUGUGGGAAAAAUUUAAUUGCCAAAAUUUAAAAGAUUAUUCGGAUUUGUAUCUAAAAACUGAUGUUCUUUUACUUGCUGAUGUAUUUGAAAAAUUCAGACAAGUUUGCUUCAAAACCUACGAUUUAGAUCCCGCUCAUUAUUAUACUGCCCCAGGACUUUCUUGGGAUGCAAUGUUGAAAUUCACCAAAAUUAAAUUAGAAUUAUUGACGGAUAUAGAUCAAGUCCAUUUUAUUAAGAAAGGUAUCCGCGGAGGCAUUUCCCAAUGCUCCCUAUGGUCCGCUAAAGCCAAUAAUAAAUAUAUGGAUGAUUAUAACCCCAAUUUACCAUCAAACUUCUUAAUGUAUUGGGACGCUAAUAAUUUGUAUGGGUGGGCGAUGUCCCAAUUUAUGCCCGUUUCCAAUUUUAAAUGGUUACCUGAAAAUGACAUACAAAAUUUGGAUUUUAAUAAUAUACCUGAUAAUUCUGAUUUUGGAUAUAUUUUAGACGUAGAUAUUGAAUACCCUGAAGCUUUCCACGAUUUACACAACGAUCUCCCGUUUUUAACUGAGAAUUUAAUUGCCCCCAAUAAUCGAUGUGAAAGUGAAAGGAGAUUAAUUCCGAAUUUAUUUAAUAAGAAAAAUUAUGUGAUCCAUUAUAGAAACUUAAAACAAGCCAUUGCUCACGGUCUUAAAGUUCGCAAAAUUAAUAGAGUUUUAUCGUUCAGACAGUCUGCGUGGUUGAAAUCUUACAUGGAUAAAAAUACGGAAUUACGUCAAUCCGCAAAGAAUGCGUUUGAAAAAGAUUUUUUUAAGUUGAUGAAUAAUUCCGUAUUCGGCAAGACAAUGGAAAACGUCGAUAAGCGAGUCGAUGUAAGAUUAGUGACCAGUUGGGAUGAUGUGCAUACUGGUAAAGUGGUAGGUAGACCCCGUUUAGGAGCUCGGAGUUUAAUAGCAAAAUUAAAUUUUAAAACUAUUAAAGUAUUCACGGAAACGUUUUCAGCAAUUCAAAUGGAUCGUCUUCAUGUCGUUUACGAUAAACCUCUAUACGUUGGUUUUACGGUUUUACAACUUUCAAAAUUAUUAAUGUAUGAUUUUUAUUAUGAUUUCUUAAAACCUAAAUAUGGCGAGGACGUUCUGAUGAUAUAUAUAGAGAUGUGA